AUGGCUAAACGCCCUAACUUCCUCGUCAUUGUCGCCGAUGACCUUGGUUUCUCCGACGUGGGCUGCUUUGGCGGCGAGAUCCGCACUCCGAAUAUUGACCAAAUCGCAAAGGAAGGACUGCGGUUUACAGACUUUCAUGCUGCGGCGGCAUGCUCCCCCACACGUGCCAUGAUCAUGACUGGCACUGAUCACCACAUCGCCGGUCUAGGUAACUUGAUCGAAUGGACCAACAUCUCCGGCCAAAAUGGUCCUAAGGGGUCUGCGAUGAGCACGGCGCCCCAGCGUGGUAUGCCCGGGUACGAGGGAUAUCUCAACGAGCGAGUCGUAGCUCUCCCCGAACUCCUACGAGACGCUGGCUACCACACCGUGAUGUCGGGUAAAUGGCACUUGGGCCUGACCCCCGAGCGAUCCCCCCACAAGCGCGGCUUUGUUCGUUCAUUCGCCCACCUACCUGCUUGCUCCAAUCACUAUGCCUACGAACCCGAACUCCGCGAUCAGGAUCAGAUCCCCACAUUCAUCGAGGCGAGUUAUAUCGCCCUCCAUAUGGAGGAUGGCGAGUACGUACGCAAGCUUCCUGAGGGAUGGUACUCGUCCGAUGGGUAUGGAGAUAAAAUGAUUGAUUACCUUCGUGAGUGGAAGGAGAGUGGUAGUAGUGCCGGCCCUGAGGGUAAUGGAGACCGUCCUUUCUUUGGAUAUCUUCCCUUCACUGCGCCUCAUUGGCCUUUGCAAGCUCCGCGGGAGUAUAUCGAUCACUACCGUGGUGUAUACGAUGAGGGACCCGAUGUUUUGCGCGAGAAACGUUUGCAACGACUCAAGGAGCUCGGUAUGAUUCGCGAUGAUGUGGUGCCGCAUCCCGUUGAUGCAGAGGAAGUCAAGGCUUGGGAUGAGUAUACUCCCGAUGAGAAGAAGAAGUCUUCAACGGCUAUGGAGGUAUUUGCCGGUAUGGUUGAAUGCAUUGAUUACAACGUCGGCAAGGUAGUCGACUAUCUGCGAGAGAUUGGGGAGUUGGACAACACUUUCGUGUGCUUCAUGUCCGACAAUGGUGCCGAGGGUGCCGCUUACGAGGCCUAUCCCAUGGUCAAGAACGGCGUGAUGCCUCACCUGCAAAAGUACUAUGACAACAGUCUUGAGAAUCUGGGCAACGGAAACUCAUUCAUCUGGUACGGUCCCCGUUGGGCCCAGGCUGCUACCGCCCCGUCUCGUCUCUACAAGGCCUACACCACCGAGGGCGGCGUUCGAGUCCCUUUCACCUGCCGCUUCCCCAAGAACAUUUCUCUCAACCCCAGCGACACUACCGGUGCCGCAGGCGGUAUUACUGAUCAAUUCGCCACCGUCAUGGACCUGGCCCCCUCCAUCCUAGAUAUGGCAGGCAUCAAACACCCAGCACCAACCUACCAGGGUCGCGAAGUCGUCUCCAUGCGUGGCCGCAGUUUCUACCCCUGGGCCACGGGCGAUGCCGAACGCAUCCAUCCAAAGGAUUUCAUCCAAGGCUGGGAAACAUGCGGUCGAGCCGCACUCCGUUGCGCAGAUUGGAAAAUCGUCUUCAUCCCCAAGCCCAAGGGUCCCGAGCGCUGGCAACUUUAUAACCUUGAGAAAGAUCCCGGUGAGGUAAACGACCUAUCAGAGCAAGAACCCGAGAAGCUUCAAAAGCUCCUCAAGCUCUGGGAUCAAUAUGUCCUCGAGACUGGUGUUGUUCCGCUGUGCCCUGACCUGGGUGAGUUCUUGGAGGCGACGGAGGCACAGAUGCCGGAGAAUGCGUGGAUGGAGUUUGAUUAUUGGAAGGAGGGUGCGAGGGAUGAACCGGAGAAGUUUACUCGACAGCCACCUCGAUUCCAGCGGGUGGUGAAACCUUUCUAG